UACUCGCUGAAAGGGGUUAAAUAAUGCGUUCAAGGCAUAGACUGUAUAUAUAAAGGGUUCAAGGAGAUUUUUGAUUAUGUUUUAAACAUGCGAAAUGUCUGUGUUGCGCAGAGCUAAAACAUGGGAAGUAUCUGACUCCGAGGACAGCGACGCUGAGAAAAAACCUGAUUCAAACCUCGAUGAGAGAAGUCAAACAAUAACAGUGAGCGAAGAAGAUAAGGCUCCGGACAACAAGUGCAACACCCUCCAAUCGUCACCCAUAACAACUGAGUCCCGUCAGACUUCAGCUUUGUCUCCUCCACGACAACAUGCAACCCCGAGUCCUGCAAGAAAACGCCGCAACAAAGAGGAGGUGGAGGCGGACAGAGAGGCAGCCAGGGAGAGGAGGGAGGAGAGGGAGAGGGUGAGGACAGCCAAGACUCGGGUGAAGGAGGAGAGGAAGCAGGAGCAGCAGAGGAGGAGAGAGGCGGCCGAGAACCUGAAGAGUCUCCGGCCCGAAAACUGCCUCAAGAGUCUGACUGUCCGCAUAGAUCCAGCUCUUCUGCAAGACGGUGGCUCAGACAUCUUGCUGGACACCCUGGCUACCUUUGAUUGGAGGUUCAGCAUUGAGAGCCAGCAGCUCCCACACAGCAUCACCUGGACCAGAGAUUUACCUCAGCAGGGAGAAGACAGCUUACUGGAGGAGGAGCAAGUGGUUCUGGUGCUGGGUCUGACGGACUUCAUGGACACGGUGGUCUCUGUGAAGAAAAUGCUUGACAGUAACGAGGAGCAGACAGGGGCGGGGUCUUUCCUCUCUCCAAUUUUGGAGUGUCUCAACAGGGACGCCAAAAAGGUGGUCACCCUCUUAGUGACAGACCCUCAGCAGGAUUACAGGGCUGAUGCUGUCCCUUUACUGGAUGAGACUCUACAAUCCAAACUGGGGAUGGAGAACGUGGACGUGGAGGAGGUUCUCGUGUACCUGCAACUCUGCAAGAAUAUCUCUCUGGUCAUCCUUGAUGGCUGGCAGGAAGUCACCAACCAUGUGUGUGCCGUCACUAAGGCCUUAUCAAAACGCCCUUUCAAACUGCUGACAGAGCGAGCGGAGCUGCCCUUCUGUGUGGACGGUUCCUGGGCCAGCGGGGUCCGGGUGGAGAGGGACGGCUCGGGGCUGAUCCAGGUGUGGAGCAGGCAGGUCCAGCAGCUGAACAGAGUCAGCCCCACCGUGGCCUCCACUGUGAUCGCUGCCUACCCGUCUCCACAGCUGCUGCUGCAGGCGUACCAGAGCUUGGAUUCAGAGGAGGACAGAAAGAGUCUGCUGGCUGGUCUCUUGGUGAAGAGCGGAGGUAAAGAGAGACGUAUCGGCCCAGAGAUAUCGGCCAGAGUUUACCGCUGCCUCACAGCCCAGAACCCCCAGCUGGUCCUGGACUGAUCUACUUGAAAACGUCAGCGAGGAUUAAAUCCGGCUCUGAUUUCGUGUUGUCACCACUUGGCUGCUAAUGUGUUCAUGUUGAUGUUUACAAGCUAAAAAUAUGCCUUAGAUAUCAUGUGCACCUUAUUAUUUAUACUUCAACAGAUUUAAGCAGUAUUAUGUUUCGUAAAAUAUGGAAGAAAAUCAUGUGUAAACAUUAUUCUUUUUACAUGCAAGAUGUAAUGUCAAAGGGACAUUAUACUACAUGAUAUGUUUUGUUUGUGUGAAAUGGCUUAUAAAAAAUUGUGGCAACCAAACUUCAUUUGUUUUAAUUUCUUGAGUAAGAAAGUUAAUAAACAAACAGUAAAUAGAAAAGCAAAUUCUCUUGUAAAGCAAAAACACAUCCACUUGAUAUUCAAUCAAAAUGCUGAUACAAAACACAUUUACAAAAAGUCAUUUCCACAGUAUCAAAAAGCCGUUUCCCCGGAGUAUUCCCCAGAGAAUAACAAGUGUACACUUUCACAUUAUUCCUAGUCAGAUGGUAAAACAUUGGGCCUUCCAUAAAGUAAUUUAAGAUUAUUAUUAUUAUAAAUGUGUAUUAUUAUUAUUAGUCAAGUUUAAUACUUAUUAUUAAUCCAGGUAUUAUUAUUAAAACAUUGGCUAAAAUGCAAUUGAAUGACCCAUAUGUCACUAUCAAAUCUCCACUUCUCACAUUCACAUUGACAAAGUUGUUGAUUCAGUAGCUGAAUUGGUGUUGAAUGUCACAUACUCUUAAUAAAGAGAAGUAAAAAUCCCCUCAAAAAGUAGAAAUAUUGGCUCAAAGAUGAGGUUGCACUUAUAAUUUCCAACAGGAGAUGUCGAUGGCAAUCGUAGAAUAGCUGUUCGC